AUGGUCGUCCCGUGCAAUCAGAUAGUUGAGCCCCGCCGAGGACUUGUGGUUGUGCAGGCCCAUCCCUUGGCCCCAACUACAUCAGCUAUCUCCCUCUAUUCCACUGCCGUCGAACUCUCUAAACGACGGAAAGGCUCUCCAAAGAAAUCAACCAAGGAUGGGCGUAAUUUAGACGAGUUGAAACAAGAACUCGACAUCGAUGAUCAUCAGAUCUCAAUUGAUGAGUUGGCCACAAGGCUUGGUAUCAACAUCCAAACAGGAUUGAGUGAGCAAGAAGCCAAGCACAGAUUAGAAAGAGAUGGACCUAAUGCCCUCACCCCUCCGCCCACUACCCCUGAAUGGGUGAAAUUUUGCAAGCAGCUCUUUGGAGGUUUUGCCAUGUUGCUUUGGCUUGGUGCCAUUCUCUGCUUCGUUGCCUAUUCCAUUCAGGCUGGAACAUUUGAAGAGCCUCCAGAUGAUAAUUUGUACCUUGGGGUUGUGUUGGCAGCUGUUGUUAUCAUCACUGGAUGUUUUUCAUAUUAUCAAGAAGCAAAAAGCUCCCGUAUCAUGGAGUCCUUCAAGAAUAUGGUUCCACAGUAUGCUGUUGUCCAUCGAGGGAACCAAACCCUAACUGUACGAGCUGAAGAACUUGUCAUUGGUGAUGUUGUUGAUGUAAAAUUUGGUGACCGUAUCCCUGCUGACAUCCGAAUCAUUGAAACUCGAGGAUUUAAAGUGGACAACUCUUCACUGACUGGAGAAUCUGAGCCUCAGUCUCGUUCCCCUGACUACACAAAUGCAAACCCAUUGGAAACUCGUAAUCUGGCUUUCUUCUCCACCAAUGCUGUCGAAGGCACUGCCAAGGGUAUUGUAAUCCAGACAGGAGACAACACCGUGAUGGGUCGAAUAGCAGGCUUGGCAUCAGGCUUGGACACUGGGGAGACUCCAAUUGCUAAGGAAAUAGCUCAUUUCAUUCACAUCAUCACUGCAGUAGCUGUGUUCCUGGGUGUGAGCUUCUUCGUCAUUGCCUUCAUCCAGGGCUAUCACUGGCUAGAUGCUGUUAUCUUUUUGAUUGGUAUCAUUGUCGCCAAUGUUCCUGAAGGUCUGCUUGCAACUGUUACCGUGUGUCUUACGUUGACAGCUAAACGAAUGGCAUCCAAGAACUGCUUAGUGAAGAACCUGGAAGCUGUGGAAACAUUGGGAUCCACAUCAACAAUCUGUUCCGAUAAAACUGGCACUCUAACUCAGAAUCGAAUGACUGUCGCUCACAUGUGGUUUGACAAUCAAAUCAUUGAGGCUGACACCACAGAGGACCAAACUGGAGUGAAAUAUGACAAGAACUCUCCUGGUUGGAAAGCCCUAGCACGAGUUGCAGCUCUAUGCAGUCGAGCUGACUUCAAAGGUGGUCAAGACAAUGUUCCCCUUCUUAAGAGAGAAGUAACAGGAGAUGCUUCAGAAGCUGCUCUCCUGAAAUGUGUUGAGAUUGCUAUGGGAGAUGUAGUAGGCUACAGAAAGCGACACAAGAAAGUGUGUGAGAUCCCAUUCAACUCUACCAAUAAGUACCAGGUUAGUAUCCAUGAGACCGAAGAUCCCAAUGACCAAUCAUACCUGUUGGUGAUGAAGGGAGCCCCAGAGCGUAUCCUUGAACGUUGCUCCACCAUCUUCUUGAAUGGAAAAGAAUUCCCUAUGGAUGAUCACUGGAAAGACUCCUUUAAUGCUGCCUACUUGGAGUUGGGUGGUCUCGGGGAACGUGUUCUUGGAUUCUGUGACUACAAACUCCCUUUGGACAAGUUCCCACCUGGCUAUCCAUUUGAUGCAGAUGAACAGAACUUUCCCCUGAGUGGACUUCGUUUUGUUGGUCUCAUGGCCAUGAUUGAUCCUCCUCGAGCUGCAGUUCCUGAUGCUGUGUCCAAAUGUCGAUCAGCUGGAAUCAAGGUUAUCAUGAUCACUGGUGAUCACCCCAUCACAGCCAAGGCCAUUGCCAAGUCUGUUGGGAUCAUCUCAGAGGGCAGUGAAACAGUGGAAGAUAUAGCAAGUCGUCUGAAUAUCCCACUUUCUGAUGUGGAUCCAGCCCAAGCUAGGGCAUGUGUUGUCCAUGGUUCUGAACUCAGGGAUAUGACUGCGGACAUGAUUGAUGAUGUCUUAAGGAACCAUUCCGAAAUUGUGUUUGCCCGCACUUCGCCUCAGCAGAAGUUGAUCAUUGUGGAGGGUUGCCAGCGUCUGGGUGCAAUUGUGGCUGUCACUGGUGAUGGAGUCAAUGAUUCACCUGCCUUGAAGAAGGCUGACAUAGGUGUUGCUAUGGGUAUUGCUGGUUCAGAUGUAUCCAAACAAGCAGCUGACAUGAUUCUGUUGGAUGACAACUUUGCCUCCAUUGUGACUGGAGUGGAAGAAGGUCGACUGAUCUUUGACAACUUGAAGAAAUCAAUUGCAUAUACCCUCACUUCCAAUAUUCCUGAGAUUUCUCCAUUCUUGCUCUUCAUCUUGGCUAAUGUACCACUACCUCUUGGUACUGUCACCAUCCUCUGCAUUGACUUGGGUACCGAUAUGGUUCCAGCCAUCUCUCUUGCCUAUGAAGAAGCUGAGUCGGACAUCAUGAAACGUCAGCCCAGGAAUCCAUUUACUGACAAAUUGGUGAAUGAGCGACUGAUUUCCAUGGCUUAUGGACAAAUUGGGAUGAUACAAGCAUCAGCAGGCUUCUUCACAUAUUUUGUCAUCAUGGCACAAAAUGGAUUCAAGCCUUCUACUCUGCUGGGUAUCCGUCGCCAGUGGGAUUCCCAUGCUAUCAAUGAUCUUGAAGAUUCAUAUGGCCAAGAAUGGACAUACCAAGACCGUAAGAUCUUGGAAUACACCUGCCACACUGCCUUCUUCACUUCAAUUGUGAUUGUGCAGUGGACUGAUCUGAUCAUCUGUAAGACACGACGGAACUCAGUAUUCCAUCAGGGAAUGAAGAACUGGAUCCUAAAUUUUGCCCUUAUAUUUGAGACAUGCUUGGCUGCUAUUCUAUCCUAUACACCCGGUAUGGACAAGGCCCUGCGCAUGUAUCCUCUCAAAUUCAUAUGGUGGUUGCCUGCCUUGCCAUUCUCUCUUCUCAUCUGGGUUUAUGAUGAAUGUCGUCGGUUCCUGAUGCGCCGCAGUCCGGGUGGAUGGAUAGAGAGAGAAACCUACUAUUGAAAUGUUAGAGAGGAGAGCUCUCUCAAUCCAUGUAGCCUUUUCUGUAGUGGUGAUAUGACAAGCCAUAUUAUUCUGCCAGACCUCACAAGUUCGACACUUUUUUCCCCUUCCUUUUCUUUCUCUUUGUGCCAUAUUUCCCUAUGGCUUUCUCUAAGAUUUUGCAUAUCCAGUUGCUCCAUUCCUCCUUGUCCUCUCCCUCAUUCUUAUCUCUCUUUGUACAUAAAACUGUAAGACUGAAGCUCAGAUCCCUUUAUGAAAAUUUGUCCCUUGCUUAUGAGGCUCAGAAGAUCUAGAGGAAUACAGUACUAAGAAGCGAUGGAAUCCUUGAAAUUGAGCAAAAAUCAUAGUGUAACGCGUGUAUCUCUGGUCACACCACGACCAAGGCCUUUCCCUCUUGGCUUCCUUGUCCAUUGGUGCUGCUCCUGUCGACUCAUUUCUAUUUGCAAUGCAGCAUGGAAAGAUCUCAUGACGGGACUCGUGCAACGUUUAUGGCUGCAAACCUCUUGUGUUCACAUCUGUUGUCAUCUACAAGGAGCUCAAUGUUUCUUUGUUUCCCUUUCCCCCCCCCCCCCCCAUAUCUCAUUUCUCUCUCACUAUCCCCAUCUUUUGGAGUUUUUAUUCCUCUCUCUUUCAUUGCAUAUCUCUUCUGCACAGUGUUUAUGUUUCUAGAAAAUAUGCAAAGGUGACAUUCCAAACAAACCAGUGGUUGGUCUUCUCUGGUCAUCUGAUAUUCAGCCCAGUGCACAAAUCCAUUCAUCCAUUCUUUUCUGUCUCCUGUGGAGUAUUCUUUUUUCUAAGUCUCCAAUUGGUCACCUUUUUUGUCCUCUUCCUUGAAUCUCCCAACGUCAAUCUCAUCCCCCUGUUCAAGUGCAAUUCUUGAGAAGGAACAGCAAAGGAGAAUAUCAUGAACAAAUCUCUCAUGCAUUUAGCAGUGCAUAUGCAUUGAAGAACGAUAAAAAGAAGCAAGGCUGAACAGAGCAGUUUCUUUUUUUUUUGCACUCCUUUUAUGGAAUUAAUAAGAUUGAAAUCUAUCAUCCACACUUGUAUGUCUUGUUGCAUAUUUAGUGAGUUUGUUGUCAGUCUCAUGUGAGUAAAGGAUUGUGUGGUGAGAUCAUUUUUAUUUUUUAGAUACGUGCAUGAAUGAAUGAAGCUGUUCCAUCUUCUGAUUCAGUGAACUCGGAGGAAGGGGAAAGUUAUUGAAUCGAUCUUUCUUUUUUCUAUACUCUCUCUAGGAAUUUGAUGUAUGCAAGUGAUGGACCUUUCUCUAGUGCAGUCAGUAUUUACUAGAGUCCAGCACCAGAGCCCCUGUGAAACCUUUCAUGUUGCUAGCUGGGUUCUUGUAUGCGUUAUUGAAUGCCUCCAUCACCUCCCUCCUGUUAGUCCAUGAAAUGAGAACUCCUCUUGUUGAUUCACUCUCUGCAUGUGCAUAUAUUCAUGUUUGUUUGCAUGAAUGAGGGUGUGCGCCACAGGGCCUAAUGGCAAGAGUGAAAGAGAAGAAACCAGGAUCUGGUGGGUGCAUUUCAUGUGUGGGGAGUGCUUGAAUGCCUUCAGUCCAGCAGAGAAACAAUAAAAGGAAUUUUAGAUAAAACUACACA